AUGGAUCCCGACAGGUUGAAUUCUCCAAGCACCUGUACAAUAACCCUUGAGGUUUUGGGGCACAAGUUAAACUUUGCUCAGGAUCCAAAUUCGAAGCAUUUAGGAACAACCGUGUGGGAUGCCUCCAUGGUAUUUGCCAAAUAUCUGGGGAAAAAUUGCAGGAAGGGAAGGUUUAGUCCGUCUAAACUGAAAGGGAAACGUGCUAUUGAGCUAGGAGCGGGUUGCGGCGUUGCAGGAUUUGCUCUGGCGAUGCUAGGCUGUGAUGUGGUAUCAACUGACCAAAAGGAGGUUUUGCCGCUGCUAAAGAGGAAUGUAGAGUGGAAUACGUCCACGAUCUUGCACAUGAAUCCUGGUUCAGCAUCGUUUGGAUCGCUCCGAGUCGCAGAACUUGACUGGGGAAAUGAAGAUCAUAUAAGGGCCGUUGAGCCGCCAUUUGACUAUGUCAUCGGUACUGAUGUUGUAUACGCUGAGCAGCUUCUGGAGCCUCUAUUGAACACGAUACUUGCGCUCUCAGGGCCAAAGACAACAGUUAUGUUGGGAUAUGAGAUACGUUCGACGAUAGUUCAUGACAAAAUGCUUCAGAUGUGGAAAGACAACUUCGAAGUCAAAACCAUACCGAGAUCAAAGAUGGAUGGCGAAUACCAAGACCCGAGCAUUCAUCUGUACAUCAUGUCACAGAAAUCUUCUGCGGAGAGCUCAGGGAACGCGACCCAAGAUGAAGUUGUCGACACGGCUGAAACAAAGUGUGAGUCAAAAGUCUCAACCAUGGAAGAGGAAGCCGUUGCUACACAUCGUCCCCGUCUUAAAGAAGAUAGUUUGUUGAUGAGACUACGGGACGGAAAGCUGAGUGAGUGGGAGAUGAGAAGGUAUGGUACAGUUGCUGCACAGCUUCUCCGUGAAGUUAAGAUAGAUGUUCAG